CGGCUGGACUUCGCUUUUGCGCACGCGCCUUGUGACACAGCAUCCCAAUGAUGUAGGGACACUUUUCCCGCCUGACCAGAGGGGCGUGACGCAGCGCGCAGCUUGAUGACGACAUUUCGGCGCCCGAUGGCCGGAAGGUGCUUUCCAUCCCUGAAGCGGGCGGCGCAGUGGGUCUCACAGUGGUUUCUUAAGGUGGCCAUUUUUGACUCUCGUGUGGAGGCUGCAAUGGCAUUCCCUCACCUGCAGCAGCCCAGCUUCCUACUGGCUAGCCUGAAAACUGAUUCUGUUAAUAAGCCCUUUGCACAGCGGUGCCAAGACUUGGUUAAAGUCAUUGAGGAUUUUCCAGCAAAGGAGCUGCACACCAUCUUCCCAUGGCUGGUGGAGAGCAUUUUCGGCAGCCUGGAUGGUGUCCUAGUUGGCUGGAACCUCCGCUGCUUACAAGGACGUGUGAACCCUGUGGAGUACAGCAUCGCAAUGGAAUUUCUAGACCCUGGUGGCCCAAUGAUGAAGUUGGUUUAUAAACUUCAAGCUGAAGACUAUAGGUUUGACUUUCCUGUCUCCUACCUGCCUGGCCCUGUGAAGGCAUCCAUCCAGGAGCGUGUCCUCCCUGACAGCCCUCUGUACCACAACAAGGUUCAGUUCCCCCCGACCGGGGGCCUUGGCCUGAAUCUGGCCCUCAAUCCGUUCGAGUAUUACAUAUUCUACUUCGCCUUGAGCCUCAUCACUCAAAAGCCACUCCCUGUGUCCCUCCACGUCCGUACUUCAGACUGUGCCUAUUUCAUCCUGGUGGACAGGUAUCUGUCGUGGUUCCUGCCCACUGAAGGCAGCGUGCCCCCUCCACUCUCCUGUAGCCCAGGGGGAACCAGUCCCUCGCCGGCUCCCAGAACACCACCCAUGCCCUUUGCUUCCUACGGCCUCCACCACACCAGCCUCCUAAAGCGACAUAUCUCUCAUCAGACGUCUGUGAAUGCAGACCCUGCCUCCCAUGAGAUCUGGAGGUCAGAAACACUGCUCCAGGUCUUUGUUGAAAUGUGGCUUCAUCAUUAUUCCUUAGAGAUGUACCAAAAAAUGCAGUCCCCUCAUGCCAAGCUGGAGGUUCUGCACUACCGACUCAGUGUCUCCAGCGCCCUCCACAGCCCUGCCCAACCCAGCCUCCAGGCCCUCCACGCCUACCAAGAGUCAUUUACGCCCACCGAGGAGCACGUGCUGGUGGUGCGCCUGCUGCUGAAGCACCUGCAUGCCUUUGCCAACAGCCUGAAGCCAGAGCAGGCCUCCCCUUCUGCCCACUCUCAUGCCACCAGCCCCCUGGAGGAAUUCAAAAGGGCCGCCGUCCCAAGGUUUGUCCAGCAGAAGCUCUACCUUUUCCUGCAGCACUGCUUCGGCCACUGGCCCCUGGAUGCAUCGUUCAGAGCUGUUCUGGAGAUGUGGCUAAGCUACCUGCAGCCGUGGCGGUACGCCCCUGAGAAGCAAGCUCAGAGCAGCGACUCCCAGCCCCGGUGUGUGUCAGAGAAAUGGGCACCCUUUGUCCAGGAAAAUCUGCUGAUGUACACCAAGCUGUUUGUGGGCUUUCUAAACCGCGUGCUCCGCACAGACCUCGUCAGCGCCAAGAAUGCACUCAUGGUAUUCCGAGUGGCCAAAGUCUUUGCCCAGCCCAACCUGGCCGAAAUGAUCCAGAAAGGCGAGCAGCUGUUCCUGGAGCCGGAGCUCGUCAUCCCCCACCGCCAGCACCGACUCUUCACAGCACCCACAUUCACCGGCAGCUUCCUGUCACCAUGGCCACCGGUGGUCACUGACACUGCCUUCAAGGUGAAGAGCCAUGUCUAUAGCCUGGAGGGCCAGGACUGCAAGUACACCCCAAUGUUCGGGCCCGAGGUCCGCACCCUGGUGCUGCGUCUUGCUCAGCUCAUCACUCAGGCCAAGCAGACAGCCAAGGCUAUCUCUGACCAGUGUGUGGAGAGCCCAACUGGCCGCUCCUUCCUGUCAUGGCUGGGCUUUGGCUCCAUGGACCCAAACGGCUCCUAUUCAGCCAACGACCUGGAUGAGAUGGGGCAGGACAAUGUCCGGAAGACAGACGAGUACCUGGAGAAGGCCCUGGAGUACCUGCGCCAGAUAUUCCGGCUCAGUGAAGCCCAGCUCACCCAGCUCACUCUCGCGUUGGGGACCACUCAGAACGAGAAUGGAAAGAAGCAGCUCCCAGACUGCAUCGUGGGUGAAGAUGGACUCAUCCUCACACCCUUGGGCCGGUACCAGAUCAUCAAUGGGCUACGAAGGUUUGAAAUUGAGUACCAGGGGGACUUGGAGCUGCAGCCCAUCCGGAGCUACGAGAUUGCCAGCCUGGUCCGCACUCUCUUCCGGCUGUCGUCCACCAUCAACCGCAGAUUUGCAGACCAGAUGGUGGCCCUGUGUUCCCGGGACGACUUCCUUGGCAGCUUCUGUCGCUACCAUCUCAUGGAGCCCACGCUGGGCGGCAGGCACUUGCUGAGCCCUGUGGGGCGGAGGCAGGUGGCUGGCCAUGCCCGGGGUCCCAGGCUCAGUCUGCGCUUCCUGGGCAGCUACCGGACACUGCUCUUGCUCCUGCUGGCCUUCUUCGUGGCUUCUCUGUUCUGCAUCGGGCCCCUGCCCUGUGCACUGCUCCUCAUUCUGGGCUACAUCCUCUAUGCCAUGGCCAUGACACUGCUGACUGAGCGGGGGAAGCUGCACCAGCCCUGAUGAGGCAGCCACCAUCUCCAGAGAAGACUGGGGAUUUGCCACUGUUGCACCUGAGCUGGAACAUGGUCAUCUUUGGGCUGCUGGGGGUGUUUUUCUGCAACAGUGGAGUCAUCUAGAAGAAACUGUAAUAGGGGAGAGCAGUCCAGACUUGGCGAGUAGGGGACAGCAGAGGGCGCACAAGCCAUGUGUGACAACUGGAACCCAGCCACUGUCCCCUCCUCCUGUCCUCAGCCCAGGAUGCACAGCUGAGCUGGCUCUCGGGGCCUUUUCCUCCAGUAACUGUGUAAGGAUCUUGCUGUACAAAGCUCAGGAGCUUGUGUGCUGAAAGCUGCUCCUGCUGUUCUCCCUUGUGGGUGGCCCCAGCCUCAGCCUCCCCUCUGGCUGUCCUGGAGAUGGGCAGAGUGAACUGCAACAUCUCAGCUCCCUUUGUGGUACCAGGGAUGGCAGGUCUUCUCUGAGUCCCAACUACAAAGCUAUAUUUUGCCACCACGUUUGGCAAAGCAAGUUUAAUUCUUUAUGCUCACUCAGCUAUUCCAUGACUGAGCCAUAGAACUCCACUUUUGAGAGCAUGAAGAUUCUCUCAGAGCACAGGUGCUUCAUCCCAGCCCCUAGCCAUCGAGCAUGUUUCCCAGAGCAGUGGCACCAUCACUGCCUUCCCUGUGCCUUGUCACAGACAGGUGCUGUUCCUCAGCAGGUGUGGGGGACACCACACCGCAGGAUCAGCAGGGCAGAUCCUACCAGCUUUUCUGUUUUGCAACCAAAGAUGGUCAAAGUGUAGUUUGUAUCUUCAAUAAAAGCAAGUGCUCAAAGAUGUACUUUUUAAUAACACUUGACUAGAAAUGCACAAUUACACAUUCACCAUCAAAAAUAAAUUGCCACGAAGUCUCCCACACCUUCCUUCAUCCCACAGAUGAUGCACCAGGAAGAAUACCAUCUCUACAAUGAUUUGUAAACCAAGCCUUUGUUUUUGGUGUGUGGGGUUUUGUUUCUUUAAUGUCUUUCAAAUUAUAAAUGUUGGGCUUUGCAUUUUGAUAUAAACUCAGAAUAACGACACUUUGGGGCCUGUGACCAAAAACCAAAUCAAAUUUGUAAGUGACCAUGGAUCUGAUUAAACCUGUCCUUGCUUCUGA